UUACAGUUACUUCAGGCUAAUUAUAGUUUUUAUACAUGGCCUUCUGCACCUGUGUUAGCUUGGUUUCUGUGGGAACAUAAAGAAGAACUUAUUGGGAAGAGGGUUCUAGAACUUGGUUCAGGUACAGCUCUCCCUGGAAUUUUAGCUAGUAAAUGUGGUGCUAUUGUAACUUUAAGCGAUUCUGCUAGUUUUCCUAGAAGUCUACAGCAUAUAAGAAGAAGUUGUGAAUUAAAUGGUAUUUUACCUCAAGUUCAAAUUAUUGGUAUUACAUGGGGUUUUUUUUUAUCUAGUUUAUUUUCAAUUGGACCAUUAGAUUUAAUUCUUGGUUCUGACUGUUUUUAUGAACCAACAUUAUUUGAAGACAUAGUUGUUACAGUAGCAUUCUUAUUGGAAAGAAAUCCAAAUGCAAAAUUUUUAUGUACCUAUCAAGAGAGAAGUGCAGAUUGGUCUAUAGAACAUUUGUUAAAUAAAUGGAAUCUCACCUGCACUCAUAUACCAUUGGCUGGGCUUGGUACAGACUCUGACAUAAACAUACACGAAUUAAUGCAAGAUCAUACAAUUCAUUUGUUAAGUAUACAGCGUGCAACUUAA